AUGAAUCUCCUGCCCACCUUCUUCGUCGAACACUUUCUGCGAAACAAGUUCACGACCAUAGGAUUCGCAGGAGCUACGGUGGUAAUGCGCUGUGAGACUGCUACGGAAGCCCGACACCUCAACUCUAGAAAUAGGCCGGGAGAGGACGCCGCUGUUGCUUUCAUCUUCAUUUUCCAGGUGUUCUUCAGCUGCUUCCUGGACAUAACGGGAUUCGUAUCCAUCAGUGAGGUUUCCCGCUCAUCUGCGCGCAUAGGGCGUCGCCAUUGGCCAAACGACAAAUGCAGUGACGACUAUCAUAUGGCUCCAGGCCGUUCCAUCGGUGUUCGACUCGAUCGGCUGGUGUAUCUGCUGUUCCCAGACAUGAGAAACAAACCGCUGGAAGAGAUUGCAGACAUGUUUGGGGACGAGGGCCUAGCCAUGCUCAACCAGGCUCGUUUGCACUCCAAGAACAAUGUAGAAACUGUGGAGUUUUUUGAAAAUGCCGGAACGAAACCAGACAAUGCGAAGGUAGUAUCAGACCCUCUGAAUGAGGCCUGAAGGUGUAUAAUGACCAAGGUAUAGGCAUGUACCCGUGAGAUAUGUAUUUACAGCUUGCAUUGAGUGAGACAUGCUCACCGCCAGCAAGAAGACUAGAAUUUCAGACAGAUCCAAACACUUUCCACUUCAAUUAAGCAUGUCUCGGAGAUAGCAAUAAGGGACGACGUCCGGUG